CAUCACGCAAUAAUUGCUGGAGCUUUUACAGCUCACAGACACAUGAAGAUCUUCAGCAACCCCAGCAACUCCAGCACCAUCUCUGGCUUCCUCCUCCUGGGCUUCCCUUGUCCCAGGGAGGGGCAGAUCCUCCUCUUUGUGCUCUUCUCUGCUGUCUACCUCCUCACCCUCAUGGGCAACAGUUCCAUCAUCUGUGCUGUGCGCUGGGAUCAGAGACUCCACACCCCCAUGUACAUCCUGCUCGCCAACUUCUCCUUCCUGGAGAUCUGGUAUGUCACCUCCACGGUCCCCAACAUGCUGGCCAACUUCCUCUCUGACACCAAGGUCAUCUCCUUCUCUGGGUGCUUUCUCCAGUUCUACUUCUUCUUCUCCUUGGGUUCUACAGAAUGCUUUUUCCUGGCGGUGAUGGCGUUUGAUCGAUACCUUGCCAUCUGCCGGCCUCUACACUACCCCACACUUAUAACUGGACAUCUCUGUAACAUCCUUGUGGGCAGCUGCUGGGUACUUGGUUUCCUUUGGUUCCUCAUUCCUAUUGUUUUCAUUUCUCAAAUGACCUUCUGUGGAUCUAGGAUUAUUGAUCACUUCCUGUGUGACCCAGGUCCUCUGCUAGCCCUUACCUGUCCCAGAGCCCCUGUAAUAGAGCUCACUAUCUCCACCUUAAGUUCUCUACCUUUAUUUAUUCCCUUUCUCUUCAUUGUGGGGUCCUAUGCUCUGGUCCUGAGAGCUGUGUUGAGGGUCCCUUCGGCAGCUGGGAGAAGAAAGGCUUUCUCCACCUGUGGGUCUCAUCUCGCUGUAGUUUCUCUCUUCUAUGGCUCAGUGAUGGUCAUGUACGUGAGACCAACAUCCAAGCAUAAGGCUGGAAUGCAGAAGAUUGUGACUUUGUUUUAUUCUGUGAUUACUCCACUCAUUAACCCUGUAAUAUACAGUCUGAGGAACAAAGAUAUGAAACAUGCAAUGAAGAAAUUGCUGGGAACAUAA